UGUUGUUUACAGCGGUGAUCCUCGGAGCAGCAGAGAGAGAGAUCACAGGAGUCUGGGCCGCUGCAGUGCAGCUCGGUACCGCCGCAGAGACCUUCAACUGUUUAACAGAAAAAACAACACACAAAACAGGCUAUUAUUUUAGUCGACGUGGAAAACCAUCCGCAAAAAAAAAAACCGAGAGCACCGUGUUAAUAGGGAUUAUUUCUACUGCAGAGAAAAAAACAGGUCGUGAGAGCGAGCGCAGACGGAGGGAGGGAGAAGGCGAGGAGUUGCAGUUGGUCGAAACCAUUUUUGUCCUGGCGGAUAUUUUGGAUGUGGCCCUAUUGGGAAGCUCAUUGAACGGAGGGCUACGUUUUUCAUUCAUAGCCUAUCCAAGUCAUCCUCGGCUGAACCCUGAGCUCGUUGUUUCCUCACACGUCCCAGGGAUUCACUGCAAUCAGGCCGAGGGUGAAUUAAAAAAAAAAAACCUUCCCUUCCCAAAAAGGCAUUUUAGUUUGGGAUGAGAGAGAUUUUCGUUUUCUGACUGUGAAGUUAGCUUGCGCUGCUUUCUGUUUGUUUGUUUUUCUGUCUCUCUCUCGCGCGCGCGCGCUCUCUCUCUCUCUCGCGCGCGCUCUUCGAGAAAUGGAGGCUGAAGAUGCGGAUUGUCGUUCUUGUAAAACGCAUGGCUCGAGACGCUUCAGAUGUCCCAGUCGUUGGCAGGAAUAAUACGUCUUUUCAUUGAUCUGAAUGUUUUCUCAAGAGGAAGAAUUUAUUUCCAAGUCUUGUCCAUCUUGUUUCAGCGCAACGGAAAACGCGGAUUAGUUUUUUUCCCCCAUCAGUGAAUAUAAGAGACGAUUCGGGGCUGCUUUCGUUUUUAAUAUUGGUGUACUGUUUUUUUUUAUAUAUCUGUGGAACAAGGCCUUUCUGUUGGUCAGAAACCCGUUGAAUGCGACAGGAAUGAGAUCAGGAGGAACGAGGAGUAUUUCGACCUUCUUCUGGGGUCUGGUGCUGUGUGUGUGCACGAUGCGCCAGUCCGCCAGCGGACAGAUUGGAGAGAUCUGUGGACCUCACAUUGACAUCCGCAAUGAAAUCAGCGAGUUCAAGAAGCUGGAGAACUGCACGGUGGUGGAGGGCUACCUGCAGAUCCUCUUGAUAGGAGAUAAAAACCACAACCUUCAUCAGGAGUUUCGCACGCUUAGCUUCCCCAAGCUCACCAUGGUCACAGACUACCUACUCCUGUUCCGCGUAGCCGGCCUUGACAGCCUCAGCACGCUCUUCCCCAACCUCAGUGUCAUCCGAGGACGCAAUCUCUUCUACAACUACGCCCUGGUAAUCUUUGAGAUGACCAGCCUAAAAGACAUCGGCCUGUACAACUUGAGGAACAUCACGCGAGGGGCCAUCAGGAUCGAGAAGAACCCAGAGCUGUGCUAUCUCGACUCGGUGGACUGGUCGCUCAUUAUGGAUGCAGAGUUCAAUAACUACGUUGCUGGAAACAAGCUGUCCAAAGAGUGUGGUGACGUCUGCCCUGGCAUUAUGGAGGACAACCCUCAAUGCUUCAGGACCAGCUUUAACGACAUUUAUAGCUACCGCUGCUGGACCUCCAGCCACUGCCAGAAAGUAUGCCCAGCAAAAUGUGAGGGUCAAGCCUGCAUGGAUUCGGGCGAGUGCUGCCACCCACAGUGCCUGGGGAGCUGUACAGAAGCCGGGAAUGACAUGGCGUGUGCCGCCUGCCAGCAUUAUUCCCAUGAGGGCCGCUGUGUGCCAGACUGUCCUCCUGGAACCUACCGUUUCGAGGGCUGGCGCUGCAUCACCAAGGAGGUUUGCGCACAGGUUCACCUGCCCAGCGAAGUGGACUUUGUCAUCCACGAUGGAGAGUGCAUGCCCGAUUGCCCACCUGGCUUCACCCGCAAUGAGAGCCAAAGUAUGUACUGUAGCGCAUGUGACGGCCUCUGUGAUAAGGUCUGUGAAACUAAAACCAUCGACUCGGUGGAUGCCGCCCAGUCCCUGCAGGGCUGCACUGUCAUCAGAGGCAACCUGCACAUCAAUAUCCGUCGAGGCAACAACAUUGCAUCAGAGCUAGAGAGUUUCAUGGGCUUGAUCCAAACAGUAACAGGCUAUGUGAGGAUCAAACACUCUCACGCCCUGGGCUCCCUCUCCUUCUUGAAGAGUCUGCGCUACAUUAAUGGAGAGGAGCUUUUAGACAAUAUGUAUGCUUUCUCAGCGCUGGAUAAUCAGCACCUACAGUAUCUGUGGGACUGGAGCCAGCACAACCUGACCAUCCGAAUAGGUAAACUUUUCUUCCGCUCAAACCCCAAACUCUGCAUGUCCGAGAUUCAAAAGAUGUGGGAGAAGACAAGUGUUGGGGAAAAGAUGGAGCAAGAUGAUGUUCGCAACAACGGGGAACGAGCUAGUUGUGAAAGUCAUAUAAUAAAAUUCAAGACCAACAAUACCCAGAGCACUCGAAUAAAACUUACCUGGGAACGCUACCGACCGCCAGACUACAGAGAUCUCAUCAGCUUUAUAGUCUACUACAAGGAAGCACCAUUUCAGAACAUUACUGAGUUUGAUGGACAGGAUGGCUGUGGGUCCAGUUGGACCAUGGUAGAUGUGGACCUUCCUCAGGAGAAAUCUAUGGAUCCAGGAGUUCUGCUUCACAAAUUAAAGCCCUGGACGCAAUAUGCCAUUUUUGUGAAAGCCAUUACCUUGGUGGUGGAGGAUAAACAUACUGUGGGGGCUAUGAGCAAAGUGGUCUACAUCCGCACCAAAGCUUCCGAGCCUUCAAUGCCCAGGGAUGCCCGUGCAUAUGCAAAUACGUCCUCAUCUCUAGUGGUGAAGUGGUCUCCACCCAUCUCCCCUAAUGGGAAUUCCACCUUCUACCUGCUCCGCUGGCAACAGCAGCCUGAGGACCGAGAGCUCUACCAGCACAACUACUGCUCGAAAGAACUGAAGAUCCCAAUCCGCAUCUCCGCCACAGCCCUGUCAGAAGUGGAGGAGGACUCUAAGCCCACUAAAUCAGACGUGACUGGUGGUGAGAAAGGCCAGUGCUGCAGGUGCCCCAAGACAGAUGAAGACAAAAAGGCAGAGGCAGAAGAGCGUACCUUCAGCAAAGCAUUUGAGAACUUCCUCCAUAAUUCUGUAUUCACACCCAGACCUCACAACAGUCGACGUCGCCGGGAGCUAUUCGGAGUUGCUAAUGAUACAAGAAGCUUGGGCCAGAAUAUAACUGCAACAGAAGGCAACAUGACUGAACCCGAGCUUGUAGAGAGAGUGUAUCCAUUCUCAGAAACCACGUCUCAGACGGAGUUCAUGGAGAUCUUCAACCUGCAACCAUUCACUGUCUACCGUAUAGACAUCCAUGCGUGUAAUCACGAGGUCCAGCGAUGUAGUGCCGCUGCCUUCGUCUUUUCCAGGACCAAACCUGCAGAAAAAGCUGACAACAUUCCCGGUCCAGUAACCCAUGAGAUGGAUGAGAAGGCAGAGGGGACAGUUCUGUUAAGGUGGCCUGAGCCUCCACAACCCAGUGGUCUCAUCCUCAUGUAUGAACUCAAGUUCCGCCUGGGGUCAGAGCCUGAGAAACAUGAGUGUGUGUCACGACAACAGUACCGGGAGCUUAAAGGAACAAGGCUAACCAACCUGGGGUUUGGCAACUACUCAGUCCGUGUGAGGGCCACCUCGCUAGCAGGAAAUGGAUCCUGGACUGAUUCAGUGUCCUUCUACGUCCCUCAGUCCAAGCAAGCCUAUGACAGUAUGUUCUACCUUGCCAUUACACUCCCUAUCGUACUGCUGAUCCUAGUGUUAUUUCUCAUCUUCACCAUCAUCUUUGUCAGAAAAAAGAGGAACAGUGACAGAUUGGGGAAUGGAGUUCUCUAUGCCUCUGUGAACCCAGAGUACUUCAGUGCAGCAGAGAUGUAUGUGCCAGAUGAGUGGGAAGUGGCUCGUGAGAAGAUCACUCUGUGUCGGGAGCUGGGCCAGGGUUCUUUUGGCAUGGUGUAUGAGGGCAUUGCCAAGGGUGUGGUCAAGGAUGAACCUGAGACCAGGGUGGCUAUCAAGACAGUUAAUGAAUCAGCAAGCAUGCGCGAACGCAUCGAAUUCCUCAAUGAAGCUUCUGUCAUGAAGGAAUUCAACUGUCAUCAUGUGGUACGGUUGCUGGGAGUAGUUUCACAAGGCCAGCCCACUCUUGUGAUCAUGGAGCUCAUGACCCGAGGUGAUCUGAAGAGUUAUCUGCGCUCCCUGCGCUCAAAACAGCAGGGUUCAUGCAGUCAGGCUCUCCCGCCGCUGAAGAAGAUGAUUCAGAUGGCCGGCGAAAUUUCUGACGGCAUGGCAUACCUCAAUGCAAACAAGUUCGUCCACCGAGACCUGGCUGCCAGGAACUGCAUGGUGGCCGAAGACUUCACUGUCAAAAUUGGAGAUUUUGGCAUGACACGGGACAUUUAUGAGACGGAUUACUAUCGGAAAGGAGGCAAAGGACUCCUGCCGGUCCGCUGGAUGUCCCCCGAGUCUUUGAAAGAUGGCGUCUUCACCACAAACUCUGAUGUCUGGUCAUUUGGUGUGGUGUUGUGGGAGAUAGCCACCCUUGCCGAGCAGCCUUACCAGGGCAUGUCCAAUGAGCAGGUCCUGCGAUUCGUCAUGGAGGGGGGCCUGCUGGACAAACCAGACAACUGUCCAGAUAUGCUGUUCGAGCUGAUGCGCAUGUGCUGGCAGUACAACCCUAAGAUGCGGCCCUCCUUCCUGGAGAUCAUCAGCAGCAUCAAGGAGGAGCUGGAGCCGUCCUUCCGCGACGUCAGCUUCUUCUACAGUGACGAGAACAAGCCACCUGACACCGAGGAGCUCGACGUGGAGGUAGAGAACAUGGAGAACAUCCCACUGGAUCCUGCCUCCACCCUGACUCCACCCUCCUCUCAGGGGCUUACAGAGACUGCUGCUUUGCCCUCUGCCCCUAUGACCUGCACCUCAGUCCCUACGCCCUCCACCUCACCCUCUUCCUCUACAGCAUCCCCAGCCUUGGACUCACACUUCGACAACACACAGCCGUACGCACACAUGAACGGCGGCCGCAAAAAUGAGCGAGCGCUUCCGCUUCCACAGUCGUCGGCCUGCUGAAUUGCCCUUCGUGUACACGGUAUCCCAUAAUUUCCCUCACCUAUGUUUGUGGUCACGUACUUUUUUUUUCUUAGUCAAAGAGACAAACUCAAGGAGCAAAGAUGGAGUCGAUACCCAGAUAGACAAUGUCCUACUGUAAUUCAGUACAGUGCUUACUUAUUUUUAUGAUGGUUAUAAUUAUUUUUUGUUUUUGUUUGUUUUUUUUUGUUUGUUUGUUUGUUUUUUUAUCCCAGUGCAAGAUUUAUGUGUGGCACACAGAAAGGCUGCGUCAUGCUCUGGCAAUAUUUAAAAUGACUCGCGUAACCAUCACACUGGGGAGCUGCAGCAGAAAAUUCUUUUGUAUCAUAUUUUGUUGCUUUUUAAUUUCCUAGAGGAAGUUUAAAGAGGUAUAAGCAUAUUCUCAGCCAGAGAAUUGUAUAUAAAAAGAUUUUUUUUGUGUAUCACCCAACAAGCCCAACUUUCUGAGCACUUUUUAAAGGGCUUGUGUGUGUUUGUGUGUGAGCCUGGUUAGACGGUUAUGUGGGUUUUUGCAGUAUGAAAACGCACAUAUUCCUCUCUGCCAUGCUGCAUAUCUCUCCCUCACCUGCUCUCUUUAUCGUCACAUUUCUCUUUCAAGGUAGAGUAGUGGGCAUCUCUGCAAGGACACUCGUUCUCAUGUUAGAACUGUUGCCUGUUUGGUCACGUGGUCCUUCGCUCCAGCCCCAACGAUGGGGCUUUUUGAAACUGCCAAAAUUUUUUUUUUUUUGCCAAAUCAACACUUUCUUUUUCAUAUUUAUUAAUCAGCAUGUUUAUGUUUUCCCUCUUUACUUCCUAAAUUUUGGUUGGACAAGAAAGUAUUGCAGUCAAGAAACUACAGCUCCUACACUGGCCUCAUGCUUUUUUUUUUUUCUUGGUAAAGCAGUUGGUCUGCUCUCCCCUCUGGCAUAGCUCUGAUUAUCCAACUGUGACAUGACCAUGUCCACUCCAGCAUCCGAGAGAUGCACAGCCGCGAUGUGUUGUUUCAAAUGACAUAAAAACAGUCUGACAGCAAACGACGACAAAGUACAUGCUCCAAGUGCUGAGCCAGAUAAGAGGCAUACAAGAUUGUCUCAAACAUGAAGCAAACAGUUUGGGCUAAGAGGAUCAGCAGUCUUGACACUUGUUUGCAAAGACUUUUGAGGCAUUGUACACAGCAGGUAUUUUGUUCAACUAGUUCUUUGUCUCUAUACAAAUCCGCCAAUUCUAUGAAGGUCUUACAGUUGUAAUGUUAGACCACCAGAUCAUUUACACACAUCAUUGGUUUGUCACUUUUGAUAACUUUUUUACGGCUCUGAUGUUCUUUGUCUGUACAGAAAGAAGCUGCUAUUUUAUCCUUUUUUUUCUUCAAGGAUGUUAUAUAUAUAAAUAUAUAAAUAUAUAUAUAAAGAAAUCCUUCAGGUUUAAUAUUUUAUGAUCUCCACUACAGUCCAUUUUCUUAUGCUUUAUACUCUUCUAGCAAAAAUGAAAGAAAAAUGAAAAAAAAGAACAAAAAAAAGGAAGAAAAAAAAAUAUAUUUAAUAAACAGAUUUUUCCCCUUCCGCUGAAAGGUUGUCUAGAUUGCCACAUACAAUCCAUUGCCUUCUGUUUUUAAUGUAUUAUUAUUAUUAUUAUUAUUAUUAUUAUUAUUACUGUGUUUGUGUAGGUUUUUAAAAAUGCCCUUGAUCUGUGUGAGUAGUUUUGGCACCCUUGUAUCAGUUUUCUAGCACUGCACCAAGUUCUGCCCCCUAGGUGCAACUGAAUCUCAGGUCAGAGUUAAGAUUUUGCUCUCUCCACGCAUCCUUGUCCCAGCUCCUCCUUCUAAUCUGUUGCUUUGUCUUUGGUGUACCGGCGCUCUUUCUUGCUGCUCUGCCUCCCAUGAGUGUUGUACAGUGAUUUUUCUGCCUCCCCCAGUGCCUCAUUCUUAAUUCAAGACUCAUCUUACUUUUUUGCGUGUAUUUUUUUAAUAUAUCACUAUCACCCCAUCUGUAUAAUUGCUUAGCAUCUGACAGGGCUACUUGGGUCAUCUUAGGUUGCCUUACAAACCCCAACUGCUCGCCUGCGCUCUAAAGCACCACGCUGCUAUCGGCUGCAUUCUUUAACACGGCUCAGCGUAGUCACACGCUCUCAACGGUUGCAGGCUUCUCUGAUGAAACAUCUGGAAACCAAAUACAGACAGGGUUGGCUUGAUCUCCAGCUCAGUGGUCUUGUCAUUUCAAUGAGAGUGAAUAGGUUCGCUUUUUGGUUUUUAUUCUUUUUUGAAGGAUUUCUCUUUGUAUUUUGAGAAGUGUCGCCCAUGUGUAAUUUGUCCCUUGAUAGAAGGCUGUUCUCCUCUUCUGUAGGGUUAUUUAUUCUAUUUUUGUGUGUGAGAGUGUGUGUGUGAGAGAGAGAUAUAUAAGUUUAAAUCACUGUAUAAAUGGCCCAAUGUGUAUGAGUUUUUAUUUGUAUUUUCCAUGAUGUCAUGACUGGGGGACUUUUUUUCCAUUUCUUUCAAGCAUUUAUCUACCUCACUCUUUUUUUUUACUUUAUUAUAUAUGUAUAUUCAUAAAAAAGAAAGAUCUCACUAUUUUCUCAUAUGUCUGUAAGAGACAAACUACAGUCUCUGGACGAAAAACCUCAUCAGCAUCACAAAUCACAUGCUCUCAGAGGACUGGAGAGAGGAGGGCUGUGCAGCUUACUGCGAGCCGAUGGCAACCAGUCCAAAUUGCAUCCGACAUCAUAGAUGCCAAAGCUCAUUCACUUAUUAUCAUUUCUAGUAAAAAAAAUAAAAAAAAACACACACAUAAGAGUAAUAUAUUACAGAGGAAUGUAGGUCUCUAACUGAUAUUUACAAUUCUGGGCUUGGACAAAUCAAUGCCUUUGUAUACUUCCAAAAUUCUUUGUAAUCAAAAGGUUAUUCCAUGUCAGUAUAGGUGGCUCGUGUGUUUAUAUCAGAAGUAUAAAUAGGACAGGGCAUAUAAUAUCUUGGACAGAGCCGCAUAAGCUUUAGCCGUCCUCUCUCCUUUAGGUAACGUGAUUUCCGCAACCAGGAAUCCUCCGAUCAUGCAGCUGGCUUUGAGGGUUUGCCGUUCAUGGUUUUAUUCAAAUACUGCUGUGAUUGAUUUUCUGCCUAAAGACAAACUGUUGCAUUUCCAAAGCAAGUACAAUUAAGGGAUAAAAAAAUUAUACUAUACUUUAUAUUAGUAUAUAAAAUAUACUAUGCUAUAUUAUUAUAAUCUUAAGAUAAAAUCUUAAGCCAGCAAAACCACUAUUUUGCAUUCAUUUUAUUUAUUUACCAAUCUUAUAUUUCCUGUCCAGGCAUGAAACAGUCAUAAUUUGUGGCUCUUGUGCUAUAAAUAUCAUCUCAUACUGUUUAACUGUCCAAGCUUUGGCACUGACAGAGAGCAGAUACUGUAAUGCUGUUCGUCUCUACUUUAACUCUAACAUCCUGCGGCAGACAUACUGAUGUGAUUUUUAGUCUGCUUUCCUCAUUAAAAACAUUUUUUUAAACCCAAUUUUCAGAGUGGCUGUAUUAGCACUGAGCAGACCUGCCUCACUUUCAGCUGUAAAAGUACCACUGCAUCAUUCCUUCAUUUUUCUACCUAACACUUAACACCCACAGACCAGCCAAAUAUUUAAAUAGCCAGUUUACAUGGAGAAAAAACCUGUUUAGCAUUAUCAUCUCAGUAUAUAAUGAGUACACUAUAACCCUUCCCCCUGUGAGAGACACGAAGAUGUACAUAUACUUUCUGCUCAUAAGAAACUCAAUCUUGACUCAAUAUUUUCAAAAAUGUAAAAUAAGCACCAUAGCAUGUGCUUUUGGGAAAUUUAAGUAUUUGGCCUUCUAAAGACUCAGUGUUCCUGCAUGCUGUGCUGAUUUGGUUUAAAACUUUCUUUCUUUCUGUUGUUUCCUCCAGAAAUUUCCCAUAGUCAUCUAUCUCAUCUCCUUUUCUAGAGAUAAAGAAAGACCGAGUUAUUGUGUCUCUCUCCUCUAAUGCUGCUCCCAAUAUGCUGCUCCUCUGUCUGUUUUUAAGGCCUCUUCUUUUCAACUGGCUACCCGGAGCUUUGGACAGGUGCUCGGUCUCAGCAGAACGGUUUUCUAAACACACAUUUACUAAAGCGAAUAAGGCGUUACACCUUCAAAGUAUGUUUCACACUUAGCAAUGGACUUUGAAGCACACGAGAAAAAAAAAAACAUUUUGCGCUCCAUUGUUUCUCACCAACCCUGAAAGUACCGCUUCGUAGCACUUAAUGUUCUUUUAGUCUUUGUUUGUUGUAGUUUUUUUGUAAGAGGAAUUUCAGGGCUAAAAAUGUGGCCAGUGAUGGGGAGACCUGGUUGGGAGAUCAGAUUGCUGGAAAAAUAUGGUGUGGGGGAAAAAAAUUCAAUGGCGUUCUGCGUGGGACAAGUAAUCCAAAUCACCAUUCUUUGAAAGGCCUUGUACUUGUGUUGUUGCAUAUGUAUAUGGAUGGGAGUGUAUCACAUGUAGAUGUAGUGAUGUAGAUUUUGAUGUCUUUAUAUUGAGAAAAAAAAUGACUAUAGAUCAGUGAUAUUUAUUUGUUUGGUUUUUUUUUUUCUGUAAUGAAAUGGACAAAAGGGUUGGCUUGUUCCAAAGUGAAUGUCAGUUUUUGUUGAAAGCUGCCAAGGUCCCUAGUUAACUGUAGGUUACAAAUCUACCACAGAAACACAGACACAAAUAGGACAGUUAUGUCCAGUAGAUUACGGGUAGUCAUGAGAGAGAUUUAACAUGACUAGAAUUUUUUUUAAA